AUGGAGGGGGACACUGACCAGAAAAACAAGGGCCACAAGAGCCGGCUUGUGGGCAGCAAAGCAGCCAAGAAGGAGGAGUUCCGCAAGAAGAGGGCGGGCAUCGAGCUUGAGCCCAACCGUGGCAACAACAGGAAAGCAUUCCAGGGGCCCACGUCCGGCAGCCGCAAAGGGCAGAAGUUGCUGCGCAGCCUCGAGAGACGUGAGACGGCGCUGCACGUGCCAACGCUCGACAAGACGCUGCGCCACAUCGUCGAAGAGCCGCCGCUGCUCGUCGCUGUUGUCGGUCCGCCGGGCGUCGGCAAGUCGACGCUGAUCCGCUCCAUGGUGAAGUUCUACAGCAACCGCAACGUGCAGGCGGUGCGGGGCCCCAUCACCGUCGUGGCGGGCCGAAGUCGCCGCGUGACGUUCCUCGAGUGCCCCAACACGCUGACGGCGAUGUGCGACGUCGCGAAGGUGGCGGACCUCGUGCUGCUGAUGGUCGACGGCAGUUUCGGCUUCGAGAUGGAGACGUUUGAGUUCCUCAACAUCGCGCAGGUGCACGGCUUCCCGCGCAUGUUCGGUGUCGUGUCGCACCUCGACCAGCUGAAGACGGGAAAGGCGCUGAAGAAGCGCAAAAAGUUCCUACGCCACCGCUUCUGGCACGAGGUGGCGGCGGGCGCGAAGCUGCUGUGUCUCGCGCCGAUGGUGCGCGGCAUGUACCGCUCCACCGACGUGCUGAAGCUGCACCGCCUGCUUAUCUGCGUGGAGCCCAAGAUACAGAGCUGGCGCAACACGCACAGCUGCGUGUUGAUAGACCGCCACGAGGACAUCACCGCCCCGCAGGACAUCGCGGCGGAUGAGAACUGCAACCGCACCAUCGCCUUCUACGGCUACGCGCGUGGGAAGCCGCUGAAGCCGCAGCAACUCGUGCACAUCCCAGGGCUUGGUGACUUCCCUAUCGCCCACAUCUCACACCAGGAGGACCCAUGCGCCUUCGACGGCAACAACGGCAAGUCGCAGGGGCACAAGAUGCGCCACCUCAGCAUGAAGCAGAAGCGCAUCUACGCCCCCUACUGCAACGUGAGCGGUGUGAUGUACGACGACGACGCCAUCUAUAUUCAAGAGGACGCGGAGAAGGAGAUGAUUGAACGGUCUGGCGAGGGACUGCAAUACCUGCGUGAGCUGCAGCGCGCGAAGCCGAUGGAUGCCGGUGCUGCCGCACUCAACGUCGUCCGCCGCCCGGUCGUGUUCCGCGACGAGGACGCGAUGGAGCUCGAGAUGGGCGAUGUGCAGCUUCCUUCCUCUGAUGAUGAUGAUGAUGAUGAUGAUGAUGGCAGUAGCAGCAGUGGUAGCUCGGAUGGGCGCGCGCCCAUCAAGGGCCGUGGGGCCCACAGUGACUUAUCGCUCUACGGCCCGCGCGAUGAUGAAGAAGAAGAUGACAUUGAGAAUGAGGAUGCCGCACUAGCAGGCGAUGGUGAGGGUCUCGCGCCACGAAGCCGCAAUGCGCCGGACGCCAUACGCGAAAAUGUUGUACACCAUGACUGGUCCGACUCCAGUCUGCUACGCCGCUUGAAGAACUUGUUUGUCACCGGGGACUGGAAGGCAGCGGUGGGGGACGACGACAAGGGCGAUGACGAGCGGUCGGCGAGUGAGGCCAGCAAGGGAUAUGAAAGCGAGGACGAGGAAUUCGAUGCCAUGGCACGCGGCCUGAAGCCACUCAGGUCCUCAAACACGCUUCAGGAUGAUGACAAUGACGAUGAUGAGGAUGAGGAAGAGAUGAAUGACGACACACAAGGCGAACAACAGCUGCGACGCCCACACAACGCGUUGGCGGCAGUGGGGGGUGGAUCAUCAUCUGCCUGGGGGGCGUUUCGGCCGGAUGACGGCAAUCAUGGUGGCAACAGGAACAAGGGGAGGAGUGACGCAGGCGGCGACGUUGAUGAUAGCGACUACGACAUCCUCGCCGACGACAAUGGCGACAACGACGAUGACGCGGCCCUGUCUGACGCGGAGCUGGAUGGGCUCGUGUCGAGCUUCUUAGCGCCGCGGCAAACAGCCAAGGCAUCAGCGCUGCCCUCAUCUUCUCUGCGCGGCGAUGGCGAUGACAGUGCCAUCCAGUUCUAUGACCCGAACCAUCGCCGUGUUGACGACAAGGACGGCGACGAUGACAACAACAGCGAGGAUGCUGAGGCAGCGGCGGCCAUUACGGAGGGCAAGACGCUGACAGAGGACCAGGAACGACUGCUGCAGAAGAAGAUGGCGAAAAAGAAGGCAUUCGACGAGGCGUACGACAUGGGCGACAGGAACAACACGUACACCCACUACCACCACCUGACGCGCGCGGUGGAGGAGAAGCGGGAGCGCCUCGACGCGGCGCUGCAGGAUGUGGGGGAGGACGUCACCAAGAAGAUCCAGCUCGUCGGCUACUUCAGCGGUCUGUACGUCCGCUUCGUGCUGGAGAACGUUCCGGUGGAGUUCCUGCGGCUCUUCGACGCCACCGUGCCGCUGAUCGCCGGCGGCGUGAACGCGGGCGAGGACCAGUUCCAGAUCGUGCAUGCAAAGCUGAAGCGGCACCGCUGGCACCCGAAGAUCCUCAAGGCGCAGGACCCGCUGCUGCUGUCGAUGGGCUGGCGCCGCCUCCAGACGCAGCCGAUAUUUGCCACAGAGGACCCCAACGGGCGCGUGCGCUACCUCAAGUACACGCCGAUGCACAUGCACUGCGUCGCCGCCUUCUAUGCGCCGGUAGUGCCAGCAAACACCGGCUUCGUCGCGAUCCCCGUGCGGGAUCAGCGGUCGCCGAACUUCCGCCUCGCCUGCACCGGCUACACCGUCGGCAACGACCACGCCACGAGCAUCGUCAAGAAGCUGAAGCUUACCGGCACACCGCAGAAGAUACUAAAGACUACGGUCUUCGUCAAGGGUAUGUUCAACAGCGACAUCGAGGCUACAAAGUUCGUCGGCGCGAAGCUCAAGUCCGUCUCCGGCAUUCGCGGCAUCGUGAAGGCGGUGCUGAAGGGCAAAGACGGGCUCGUGCGUGCGACCUUCGAGGACAAGAUCUUCCCCUCCGAUAUUGUCUUCUGCCGGGCGUGGAAGACGGUGCAGCCGCCCAGAUACUGCUCGCUGCAGCGCAACCUCGUCGACGCGGCGUGGGUCGGCAUGCGCUCGAUGCGGGAGCUGCGCUGGGAGCACAAUGUCCCGCUCGCGCCGCGGCCUGACUCCGAGUACCACGAGAUCAAGCGGCGCCAGCGCGACGACGACGAGCAAGACAACAGCAACGGCAAAUCCGCCAAGGUGCUGCUCUCCCGCAACCAGAAGAUGCAACUGCCGUUCAGCAUGAAGGAGGAGUUCAUCCCGCUGGAGCGGUCGACGGCGCUGGAGCAGCGCAUCGCCGGUGCCACGACUGUCGCGCCGGAGCCCCGUGACAUGCGCCGCGCUGCGCUUCUCGACGCCUUCAGCGACAAGGCCGACGCGAUGCUGAAGAAGAAGGCGGAGGCAAAGCGGCAGGCGCGGGAGCGGCACAAGCGCGAGGCCGCCAAUGAGGAGAAGGAGUACGAGCGGAACCUCAAGAAGGCAAAGAAGGAAACCGCGCGCCUCCGCGAGUUCCGCUCGCAGCAUAAGUCGCGCAAGUAA